GCAACAGCAGCAACAGCAGCAGCAAUACCAACAAGCACAUGCUUUGUUGCUCCAGCAGCAGCAACAACAGCAGCAGCAACUCCAGUCUGCAGCGUAUGCGUCGACGGCAUUUAAUCCGCCCUCGCUCGCGUCUUUCCACGGCUAUCCGGCGGGCCAGACCCUUCAACCGGCGGCCCAGCUCUUCUCUGGCAUACUUCCACAAUCCGGUCAGCAGCCAAUUCCUGCGGCCUUUCCGCAAAGUAUCUUCCCUCAGCUCGGCAUGAGCCCAUACGGGUCGGCGCCGUUUGCGCUGGCUCCGUCGCAAGCCCAGCCGUGGCCAGGGCUGUACAAUCCCUCGGUCGCCAUGCCCACGGCCAUUCCAACCUCGGUUGGCGGUGUAUCGGCUAUCGCCCAGUCGGCGUAUCCUCAGACAUACAAUCCUGUGUCGCUCCCGCUCCCGCCUGUUACGACUGCGGCUUCCUUGGCCGGAGUGACCUCUGCCCCGCCGGCAUCGAGCCAAAAGGGUAUGCGACCGUUGAGCACUCCUAAAGGCCGCUCGUCUCAAUCGUCCUCUCGAGCCGAGCAAGGCUACUCAAAGCCAGGAUACAGUGGCCAAGGCGCAUCUAGCUCGGGUACAUAUGGCUCGUCUUCGGCAAGCUCUGCUGGUGCUCGUGGAUACAGUGGAGGCUCCGGCGCCAGUGGAUUGCCCAGCAGCUCGAAUGAGCGCUACGCAGGCUCAAGCGGAUAUGGCCAUUCCUCGGGCUCGCCCUAUCCGGGUGGCGGCGGCGCCGACCCAGGGUACAAGGGGUCUUCUGGGCCCCACAAGCAGCCGUACGGCUCCGAUCGCCGCUUUGAUGCCCCGACGUCGCAGCCGUCGCAGUCUCCGGGUGGAUCCUAUGGUCGCUACGGCAAGGCGGAAGAAGCCCACCGAAGCCAUCCCCCGCGUAGUGAUCCGGGUCGGUCCAGCCGAGAUGUGGGCUAUCGCGGCGAGCGUGACCCACGGCGAGCCGAGCCGCCGCCAAUGUACGGCCACUACGAGCGGCGAGGACCGCCAUCGCCCGAGCGCCGGGGCCUGGUCCGCAGGGAGCGUAGCCCCUUCCGAGGCGAUUACGAGCGAGAUCCAUAUCGCGAGGCGCCGCGGGACGUUGGUGGCCGCUAUGAUCGCCCAAGCUAUUCUUAUCCCGCCGAUCGUCACACUGAUGAUCGGCGUCAUGAUGAGCGAUGGUCAGAUGAUCGGCGCUAUGGCCUUCGGCGCCCCGAUGAGCGACGGCCUGAGGAGCGACGCUACUACGACGGGCCCUCGGAUCGGCGCUAUCCGUACGAUUCGGACCGCGAUGGUGCGGCCAGACCUCGACCCUCGCGAAGCUCGCACCCUGAGCAAGGUCCCUACUCCCCUCGGUCAUUGGCGUCAGACCGUUCCGACCCCCGUGGGAUGGUUCCACGGCAGCUGUCAUCCCGCCCGGAGAAACGAUAUCCUUCCGAUCGAUACGAUGGUCCUGGUAGCCCGCACGAUGACUACAAGCGCCGACGAAUUGACGACUAUGAUGCGCGCCGACCCCUGCCCGCAAGACCCGUAAGUUCGUAUCCUCCUCAAGACCGCCGUUAUGGUUAUAGCGGCAGCCGACUCUCAGACGCACGGGACUACACGCCGCAUCCACGCGUCGAAAAAGUCACCGAGUACUACCGCUCCAGUUUCAUGGAAAACCCAUGGGAAGAGCUAAUGAAGAAUCUGAGCAAGAGUAGUCCAUCUGCGCCAGCGGAGAACAGCGGAGGCACAGGGUCAGAUCAGAGUAGGACUGAGGCAGAGAAGAACGAGGCGAAAGCCACCGACGCCUCCGAAGGCGUCAUCUUGGACAAGACGGCAUCGCACGAUGGGCUGUCUCAACAGGCAGACGCAGCCAUGGGUCGCCCCGUCUUUGACGGAAACUUUGGCGACAGUCAUCCUGGCGAUUCAGACGGCCUUCUGGACAACGAGGAUUUGCAGGAUGAUGCACCUCGUGACGACGCAGAAGAAGACAAUGUAUACGAUGCUGAAGCAGAUGCGGAUGCGGAUGCUGGUGCUGAUGCCGAUGCCGACGCUGGUGCUGCCGAUGCUGGCUCUGACGAUGGCGCCGACGCCCAUUCCAUGACUGAAGAGGCUGAGCAAGGAUAUGCCGAUAGCCAAGGAGAAGAGUACGCCGACGGCGAGCCGAGCUUUAAUGCCGGCGAACACGAAUAUUAUGAUGACGAACAAGAUUAUGCUGGCGACGAGCGAGCACGCUAUAACGACAGCGGCCACGCCUACGAUCCCGCACAAUCGGACCAGCCGGCGACCCCGUCCAUGGUGCCCUUGGGUUCCGACCCCGAUGGCGGAGAUCAGAUCCUGACAGAAGUAGAUGAUCGCUAUGCAUUCGCAUCUGCGGAUACCAGACAGCACUAUCAGACACGGACAAAUGGUCUUGAGAUCACUGAUCCGACGGACGAGGAAGCCUAUCAAGAUCCCGAUAUGACUGACGACGGAAUGGACGACCAUGAGAGUCGGUCACUCAAAGUUCAGUUCGAUGACGAUGAUGACGAUGAUGACGAUGACCGCGACGAGCUCGGUAUCGAUGAAGCAGCUGCUACCCACGAAGCAUAGACGGCGCUGCCGCCGACACCCAGAACAAGAUGCAGUUGGCGAAUACUAUUGUUAAUCAGGCUCAGCUCCACCAAGCGCCUCAAGCUGUUGACGAUGCCCCAAGCGGCGAUGCUGCAAGCGUAUGCUCGGCGUGGUAGGAUGAACGGCUCGCCCGACGAGAGCCCCUUGACCACGCUGCCGCUUUGGCUUACAGCCACUGAGAAGGUUCGUGAUUGGUCCCUCUCCCCCCUUUCAAGCAAGAGUUUGCUGCUGUGGCUCUGCAUGCAGAGCAAGCUGCACUCGAACACUAUGGGCCAGUGAUCGCGGCCCCCCAUCAAUAUACAUCCAGUGUCUCCUGCGUC